AUGCAAAUUGUGGAUGCAACCGAGGUUACGAAGGCAACACCUACCUCUUUAACGUAUGCAAAGGAUUCAGGUUUUGGCAUCUUAGUCCUAGUAGCUGGUAUCUUGAUGCUUAGAAAGUUUAUUAAGAAGAGAAGGAUCACUCAAAGAAAAAAGAAAUUCUUCAAACGUAACGGGGGACUAUUGUUGCAACAACAACUUGAUACAAAUAAAGGCAUCUUAGAGAAGACGAGAGUAUUCACCUCAAGUGAGCUUGAAAAAGCCACAGAAAUCUUCAGCGAGAACAGGAUACUUGGACAGGGUGGUGAAGGCACUGUUUACAAGGGAAUGCUUGUCGAUGGUAAAACUGUUUCUGUCAAGAAAUCUAAAGCUGUAGAUGAAGACAAACUAGAGGAGUUCAUCAACAAAGUCGUCAUUCUCUCACAGCACAUCCGUGAAGAAUCUGAUGAUUACACAAUGAUAUGGGGCGUGCGUCUGCGCAUUGCUGUAGAUAUUGCAGGAGAUCUUUCCUAUCUGCACUCUGCUGCGAGUUCUCCAAUCUAUCAUAGAGAUGUCAAGUCAACAAACGUAUUAGGCCCUGUUCGUUUCGUAAACUGGAUGAGAAUUCCAGACGCGGCAUCUGCGCGCAGUAAUUGGAUGCAGCAAUCAGAUGUUGUUCGUUCGCAUUUCUGA